CAGGAAGUUAGCUUGGUAAUAACUGGGGAAUAAAAUAUAUCGCCAGCGCCACUAACACUGGAAGAAUUUUCUUUAAGAGACAGGAUGGAAGGGGCUGAUGGACAUGUGGAAUCUGAGCAAGCAACCAGCCUGCAAUAUCCAGUAUCCAUUGAUGUCACACUGGACACAGAGACACACCAAAAACCAUCCUGUCUGCAGCCAAUAUCCAGUGAUGUAACUGUGGAAAUACAGACAUACCAAAAAACAUCUAGCCUGCAGCCAGUAUCCAGUGAUGUCACAGUAGAAAGAGAGACACACCAAGAAACAUACUGCCUGCAAACAGUAUCCAGUGAUGCCACAGCAGGAUCACAGACAUGCCAACAGGAAACCCACAGUGACAUCUCUGAUCAAGAGGAGACAUUGGUGCUUCAAUUGUAUGCCAUUGACCCGUCAGAAAUCAGUCACGAGCAAUGCAAUGUUCCUGUUGUCUCGAAUGGAUCGCCUCUCAGGGGCAUAAUGAUCACCACAGAAAACAAAAAUGAGGAGAGUGUACUCAAAUACUCUACAACUCUAACCAACAGACAGCGUGGGAAUGAGGUCACAGCCCGACCAGCAACUUUAGACACUCUCUCAGUUCACCAGCUAGCUGCACAAGGGGAGGUAACCCAGCUUGCAGCACACCUGAGCAAAGACAGUUCUUUGGUAAACAGUCAAGAUGAACGGGGCUUCACGCCUCUCAUGUGGGCUGCGGCAUUUGGGGAGAUAGCAGUGGUCGAAUUCCUCCUGGAAAAGGGAGCAGAUCCAAAAACUCUGGCUCGCGAACGCGAGAGUGCCUUAUCAUUGGCAAGCUCCGGGGGCUAUGCCGACAUUGUUAGCAUCCUUCUCAAACGAGGGGUGGACAUCAACACGUAUGACUGGAAUGGUGGGACCCCUCUCCUCUACGCAGUACGAGGAAACCAUGUGAAGUGUGUGGAUACCCUCCUGGGUGGGUCUUUGCAUCUAACAAUGCUCUCACCUUACAACCCUGAGCUCUGUUUAUUCACUGUCACAUUUGGUGUUGCACUGUAUUUCAGCUGGUGGUGCAGACCUCACAGUGGAGGCAGACUCUGGAUACAGCCCUAUGGAUCUUGCUGUAGCUCUCGGACACAAAAAAGUGCAAAGGGUGAUUGAGGAUCACAUUUUGAAACUUCUGAAGCACAAAGCCUGAUCUUGGGACGCAGUGUCCCCUGUGUGAGGACAUUCCCCGAUUGGAGGUGCUCUGAAGAAAGGAAAGCCUGUCUACCUCGGCUCUGCUGGCAGAUUGCAAAACGAGGAGACAUGGAGGACUGGGCCAGACCCUGCACAGCAUUCCCCAGAUACAAAGGAGAGGCCCCAAGCAUUUCACUUCAAGAAGCACCUGUCUUUUUUCU